ACAAUUCGAAGCUCCAUACUUUUUCGAUACGUAUCUGUGUGAGAGAGAAAUGGCGAUAGUGUAUGCGGUUGUGGCGAGAGGCACAACGGUGCUGGCGGAGUUCAGUGCCGUGACGGGGAACACCGGGGCGGUGGCGCGGCGGAUAUUGGAGAAGCUUCCAAAUGAAACGGAAUCGAGGCUUUGUUUCUCUCAGGAUCGGUACAUCUUCCAUAUACUCCGAUCGAAUGGAAUCACCUUCCUUUGUAUGGCUAACGAAACCUUUGGAAGGAGGAUUCCGUUCUCAUACUUGGAGGAUAUUCAGAUGAGGUUCAUGAAGAACUAUGGUAAGGUGGCUUCUUAUGCUCCUGCCUAUUCCAUGAAUGAUGAAUUCUCAAGGGUCUUGCAUCAGCAAAUGGAGUUCUUUUCAAGUAAUCCAAGUGCAGAUACACUAAAUCGUGUCAGAGGAGAAGUUGGUGAGAUACGCACCAUCAUGGUUGAUAAUAUUGAGAAAAUACUUGAGAGGGGGGAUCGGAUUGAGCUACUCGUUGACAAAACAGGAACAAUGCAAGACAAUGCAUUUCACUUCAGGAAACAGUCGAAGCGCCUUAGGAGAGCUCUUUGGAUGAAAAACGCAAAGCUCCUGGGUUUGUUGACAUGCCUGAUUGUGCUCUUCCUUUACUUGAUAAUUGCUGCUUGUUGCGGAGGCAUCACUCUACCUUCCUGCAGAUCAUGAAUUCUCUGAAAAGGAGCACCAUAUUUGCCGCACUGUGGUUCAUAUUUCCAAGUACAUUUAGAUGAACUAUAUCAUCAGAUUGAAAGGUUAUUGUAUAAUCAAUCCAGUGGAUUCUCGUUCUGGCACCUUUAGAAGUACAUGUGCGGAAAAGAAUGAUAAGGUUUGUAUUGUUGUUGACAAAGCCUGUUGCCUUUCUCAUUUGUAAAUGUUCUGAACGACUCCUAAAUUACUCUUAAGGUGUAAGGUCUUCCGUGCCUGUUUGUAAAUAUAAUGCUGUGCCGUGACUUACCUUUUGUACCA